AUGGCUUCAGCGCCUGGUCUAUCCCUAGCCUCCAGUGCUCCUUUCGGUUUACGGCCGACUAUGGAUCUGCCAGAGCACGCGAGCGGGACCAAGGAGCUGAGUUUCAGCCAUCACCAACAGACUACUAGAAAGUUUAGUGGAGAAAAUACCACUCUUGCCGAUGUAGUCAACUCCCUUGCGCGUCGCGGCAGCGACGACCUUCCAGCCUCCCGGUCUGAUACCGAUUAUGCGAGCCUGCUAGAAUGGAUUCGAUGCGAGAGGAUGAGGAAGCUACCACCCGAAGGAAGCAGCUAUGAUAAGGCUCUUGUGUGGGCCUCCUUGUUUAUCGAGCGUGUGCAUUCGUUUGAUCAAGGAAUCGAACAAUUUGCGGGGGACAGCCACCUCGCUGCCCAAUUAUCUUAUGGCUAUUGUGCAAGCUUGCUUGAGCUGGGAGAGGAAAACGCUUCUGCCCUUAUGGACCUGUUCGGGUUUUUCUACCGCUGCUCUGCCGGUCUCGGAAACUUGCUUGAUCGUGCAGAACUCUUCGCAGCCUCUUCGGAUAUCAAGGACCAACUCAUUCUUGCUUUGGCCGAUCUGGUCACUCUGGUCGUCUCGGUGGCCACGCAUUUCCAUCGGUCACUACUUGCCUCGGAAUCGGUAUCAGUCGAUAUCUAUAGUAGCUUCCCUGGCCCGAUCGACAGUUUUCGUGCUCGUUGUGAGCACAUUGCAGAACUUAUGUGGAAUCAUCAAUUGACGCGAGAGGGCCUUGAUGACGAUAAUGCUGUCGGCAUCAAUACCCUGAAAGACUGGUUGCAACCCGAAGAUCCGGUGAUCGCUCAAGUUACCGAAGCCACGGCUCCCUCGGCUCAGGAACGUGAGGAGGCCACUUGCAUGUGGGUGAAGCCGUACCUGAUGCGUUUCUUGAAAGGCGAGCAGCAGGUGCUCUCCAUCAUUGGCAAGCCGGGCACCGGCAAGACGGUCUUGUCGACAGUGAUCAACGACUACCUGCAGUAUUCUGUGGGAGGGGCAAGGUACACGUCUAUUUUGGCGCCCAUCAGUGGUCGAAUUCCCGCCAUCACAACCCCGAGCGCAGUCGCCAAGACGAUAAUGUCGCAAAUGUUUGACAAACGUAUUGGAAACAUGCAGUUGUAUCAAAUCUUAGCAGAUACUUACACCCAAAGCAAGCGGACUGUCGACGAAGCUUCGUACGACGAUCUCUUAUGGAAUGCUCUAGGGCGUGCUCUCCAAGCCAGCGGAGCGAGCACCAAAGAGUUGGUCCUAGUCAUCGACGGCGUGGAUGAGGCUAGCUGUGGCGAGAGAACCAUGUCGCACCUACUUCAAGAGACGGUAUCCAAAAUGCAUAGUGUGAAGCUGAUCACACUCGGAUCCCAGGCAGUGGACUCGGCUAUCUCUCAGACGGCGGUGGGAAUUACAUUGGGCCUAGUCUUCGACGACAUUGCCGCAGUCACCCGCAGAGAACUUCAACAGAGCCAGGUGUACAACAAAAUGUCGAACGAAGACAAAGAGUUGACUGUGGCUCGAAUCACGGAAGCAUCCGACGGCUCUUUCCUCUGGGCAAAGUUGGUCGCUACACGUGUGCGUGAUGAGCACUCGUCGAACGAGGCCUCGCUUUCCAAGUCUGUGGAAAGUAUCAUCAAAGCAGGAGACAAGGUCUCCGACCUUAUCUCCACCACCUUACAGUCCAAACUAGAUGAAGACACGAAGAAGAUCCUGAUAUGGUUGGCCACCGCAAACCGCCCUCUCUCACAGCAGGAACUCGCUGCUCUUCUUCCCACACAGCCUGACAAGGCCAUUAUCGCUGAGAAUCGUGACACUGAAAUAUCUCAUCUAUUGAAGCCAGUCGCCUCGCUUGUCUUCUCCCACAACAACUUGAUUUAUUUAAGACAUGCACAGGUGCGCACCGGCAUCCUCGAUGUCUUUUCGAAAGGCAAAUUCCUGCCUACAAUCAAGGACAGGCACGUGGAUUUUGCAAAGAGACUUCUGCUGUACAUUAAGCAAAAUGCAAACGACAGCCAUGAGGCAUCCUUGGAUCCCUUGAGUGGGCGAGUCACGGAGCACCUGUUGGAGAAACAUCCCCUUUUGGACUUUGCGCUUCGCUACUGGGCAGUCUAUGCUAAGGCUGCGUUUGGAUGCACCAGCAGUCAAGAAAUUACUACCGGAAGCAAGAGUUUGCGUUCUGUAUUCCCUACAAGCUCCUUUGUCCCACUCCUGGAGAUGACUGUAUGGGCAAGCAAGGCGACACCGUUGCUUCGAUCCAUUUAUAAGAUCCAGACAGCAUUGUACCAGCAAACCUUGGGCAAUAAUCACACAGCAACACUGCAGGCAAUUCUUUGCCAGGCAGUAUUUCACCGAGAGAUCUAUAACAGUGUGCCCGUCGAGAGCAGUCAGAUCUUUUAUGAGGCGGCAAGAAUUAGCCACAAGGUCUUAUCUGCGCGGCAUCUCAUCACUAUGCAGAUGACCCAAUUAUUCCUGGCGGCCACAGCUGAUCAAAUCACUGGGUCUAAAACGCAAACUAUGACCCAGCGCGUCGAAAUGCUCCAGCUACUGGUAGAAUGCCAGAAGGUCCAUCACGGAGCGACAAGCAUGGUGGUAAAGACCACAUUGACGCAAUUGUCCGAGCAUUAUAGUUUCAUCAAAGAGAACCGCAAAGCGCAGGAGAUCAAUGCCUCUUUGGAGGGGUCAUACGCCGACAGUACGACCCAGCGGAGAGGUUCUCGGCAGAUAGACGAGUCAUUGCUGGUCCACCUCCACGGCCCAAAGCACACAACAGAGACAAACAAUAUCCUGGAUUUGGAUGAGAUAGAGGCGGACGAGCUGGUCACAUUGUCUUUGGACAUGAAGGCUCACCCGAUUAAAGAGGGUCACUCGGCGGACGCCGAACGCACAUAUGUCGAGCUAUGGCAACAAGCUAGUCAGGCAUAUCAGCUCAAUCACUUCACUGAGCACAAGGUCUCAAUGCUGCAAGCUGUGCUUAAGUAUGCUCAAUACCUGAAAGACGAGAAGAGGGACAAUGAAGCAGCCUCUAUCCUUGCUGGGGUUUGGGAAGAAUACGACAAGACUGCUUCCAGCCCCGAAGCUUUGGUGCCUCAUUUGCUCGAGCUUGCUCAGGUCAUGAAAACUGUGGGACUCUCCGUUCUGGCCCUUGAAAUCUACAAGCACUGCGCACAUAGUACCAACAGCCAAAGCCCUACCCACAAGGAAGCACAAAAGCAUAUCAACUCCACCUCCCGUGAAGUGAUGCGCUCUUCUACCAAAGCUUUGUUGACGGAGUCAACCCUGAGGGAAAUGGUAUAUGAUAGCGCAUCCCGUGACGACAAGGAAUCAACUGAAGCAACGACAACGCUGGUUGAAAUGUACCUGUCUCAACACCGAUGGCAUGAUGCUUCGAGCGUAUUGAAACGAGUGCUGCGAGAUGUCUGGCCUGCGUUAUUUGCGCCUUCGCUCGAAAAUGUUGUCCUGCCCUCAAACAAUGUGGAGUACUGCAUCGGACUUGCAGAGCGCCUCGCCAACUGUUACCGCUACCGCCGUCGCGUGGCCAAGGAAGAGGAUAUUCGGCACCGGCUUUAUAGUGCAGUCCGGCGCGACCGGCCGGCGUCUGAAGAUCAGGCUUUGCAGCGAGUCACGAUGAAUCUUCUUCGUCUGUACGAGCGUACCUCCCAGACUGAAAAGGUCGUUAAAAUCCACCAGGAUAUACUGCAUGAUUACACGAAGCGGUUCGGUAGAGACCAUCCUAGUGUGAUACAAAAGCUCUGGACCCUGGCCGACUUGACGACCCCACAGCCCAUUGCAGUGGAUUAUUAUCGCCAGAUUGUCGAGGUCCUGAGCAAGGGCUCGGAAACUUGUCACCCGGAUGCCUUCGAGCCGCUCUUGAUCGUUGCAACGGAGUAUUUGAAGCAAAGUCGAUACGCGGACGCGUUGACGCCCUGCCGGAUGCUGUUCGCCACCCUGCAUAGGCCUCAAAUCAGCCCGAAAUUGCGAGACGCGGAAUUCGUCAAGACUAUCUACGAACGUUAUAUUCAUUGCCUACGCGCGACUCACAGUGACACCGCCACUAUCCAUGAUGUGACAGAGCAAUAUCGCAAAUCUUGCAUCAGGCUCUUUGGUGCAAGCGCGUCUAUCACCAUACAGGCAACCAACACGCUGGCGAAUAUCUGUCAAGAGUCGAAGCAAUUCGAAGCGGAAGCGGUUCAACUCUAUGAAGAGCUUCUACAUAUCAAGUCUAGUGAAGCUGGAAUCGACCAACAAGACAUUCGCGCCACCUUGGACGCUAUCUACGAAGAGAAGAGUGCCUCCAUGACUGCCUCGAAAGUGGAUAGUAUGUCGGCAAAGGAGCUACAGAAGGCGUUGUCAGUUCGCACGCAACGAUUGACGUCCAUCCGGUCCAGUUACGGUUGGGCCCACGAGGAAGCUCUAUCCCAAAUGGAAGAAAUUGUCUCACUCUACACCAAACAAGGAAAGCCGCAGGAAGCUGUUGCACUGCUACAUGAAGCAACUAUGCAAGUGCUAUCGACCGAAACAUUCUCCAUCAAGUUGAACGCAGCGGCCAAGAGCAUUGCAUCUGGCUACAUCGCAGCCGGUCAAAUUCAAGAGGCGAAGGAUCUCUCGAACGAGAUUUAUCGUCAUAUUAUUACUAAGGAUAACAUGAGUAACAGCGUACUUGACUUUGCUCAAACUUCAAAAGGCCGGCUGGGCCUUGGUUUCCUGGCUCAGCUCGAGUACAGUAUUCGGGAAUUCGAAGACAAGUCGACUACAUUCAAUGAAAUUUACGCCGCCCUGACCACGGAGUAUAUAUACUUCGAACAGUUCCGGGAAGCUCUGGGCUCAAAGGGUGGCAAGAUUGAGGAUACGAUGAUAACAACAGCUCGACUGCAUGCGUUCCUACUCGACCGCGGCCGUCAAUUGGGUGCUACUAAGGUAGCGGAUCGGUAUACCAGUUUCUUCCUGACGACCGAGGGCUCCCGCCUGGAUAUCGACCCUAACCAGGCUAGGGUCUUCAUCGAUACAGUUCUGGAAUAUUUCAGCGCCCAUGCCUCGCACGACUUUGUCCGCUCAGUAGCAAUUGCUAGUUACAACCGCGUGACCCAGCUGCUUCACACCGAGGAAUACCAGUCUGCCUGCCACCUCGCAUUGGGAGCGACAAAAUACAUCGGUGCCCACCAUGGCUACUCAUCCCAGGCCAUACUCAAGCUGGUGUUUAAGCUGGGUCUGCUCAUCGCCAGCCGAGAAAAUCACGUAGGCUCAGAAGUCUCGGCCAAGAACUACAUGUCGAGCGUCGCAGCGAGAAUCCUACAUGAUACUCUAGGAUAUCUCAAAGAACACAACGUCGAGUUCGCAAAACUUGAUCUGGCAAACGUCAACAGCUUGAUUAAGGUUCUCGAUAAGCAACAUGAUUACCACACCAUGGCCUGGGUUCUCACCUCCCUCUGGAACAGCCGAGACGUCCAUGCUCCAUCACAGUCUCAGCAUGCCUACACGCUUGCUCUCGGUCGCAUGCUAGUCAUUACCCGCUAUCUCAUCGGCGAUUACACAGGUGCCGUCCAGCUUGCAGAGAGUCUUGUCUACAACUGUGCUCGUGUCCACGGACCCCGCCAUCCAAGUACCGUCGAGAUGACCGUGCUGCUAUCACAGAUGUAUACAGGUGUGGCUCAAGGCUAUCAAAGCCAGAAAGGUCGACGUGAGUUGGCCUUCCGCUACUAUCGCAAAGCGGCCGCGCUACACGAGAAUGCUUUGCGUGUGUUCAUUGACCCGUCCUCGGCAUCUGUCAGUGAUGUAGAUGUGGAUACCAUCUCGGAAAUGUCAUCCCCUUCGCCUGCUUCCAGUCCGGGUGAAAAUGCGGAAGGGAAGUAUGUCCGACAGCAUUUGCAAAUGCUCAAACGUUCUAUUGAGCGCCUUGGUGAUUGGCCUAAGGAAUACUCAGAGUAUGAAUCCCUUAAUCAUGAUCUCUUCACCACAUUUGCGAACGAUCUCGAAGGAGUGGAGGGUGUCGAUAAAUGGAAUUUGCAAUCGUCUGGAUCCGGCCGGGCUGAGGCUAAUGAUGACCUUAUCUCCUUCCAUCAUGAGCAUUUGGCAAUUCCUGUUUAA